GUUCUCCACAAAAAUUUCCCCCAAACUCCUCUUCUUCUUCUUGCCGAGGAAGCAAACUUGCAGAGCGAGGGCGUGCGCGAAUGGCGGAUUCGUCGGCGCCGACGCGGGUGAUGAUGGCGGUGAACGAGUCGUCGCUGAGCGGGUACCCGCACCCCUCCAUCAGCUGCCGCGCCGCCUUCGACUGGAUGCUCGCCAAGCUCGUCCGCUCCAACGCCGACGGCUUCCACCUCCUCUUCCUCCACGUCCAGGUCCCCGACGAGGACGGAUUUGAUGAUGUGGAUAGUAUAUAUGCAUCACCGACAGACUUCCAGAGCAUGAAGCAGAGAGACAAGAUAAGAGGGAUUCACCUACUUGAGUACUUCGUGAACCAAUGCCAUCAGUUGGGGAUAAAAUGUGAAGCUUGGACCAAACAAGGGGAUCCAAAGGAGGUUAUAUGCCAUGAGGUGAAGAGAGUCCAGCCUGAUCUUCUAGUUGUGGGAAGUAGAGGCCUGGGGCCAUUUCAGAGGGUUUUCGUGGGCACAGUGAGCGAGUUCUGCGUGAAGCAUGCCGAAUGCCCGGUCAUCACCAUCAAACGCAAGGCCAAUGAAACUCCCCGGGACCCUAUCGACGAUUGAUGCUUCCGCGCAGCCAUAGUACCCGAGAACUAGAUAUCCUUCACUGCUUGCUUAAUGGUUGAAUGUACAAAUAGAAUAUGGAAGUGACUGGGAACUAGUACAGACUUAUGCAGAGCACGCCCCAAAACUAGCUAGAGUGAAGAUACUAUCGCCGAUGCAUGGCUAGCAGACAUUGCGUAUCAUAUUAUGAGAUACAUCCAAGUUGUGAACCUAAGCUACCCCUUUGAUGAUCGAUGGAUCAUGUACUACUACCCUACUAGGGCUUUGCAGA